AUGGAUUUCGCCGCCCUCAUGGCCCAAGAAAUCUCCAAAGCCAACGGAGACACCAAAAAACCAUCACCCAGCUCUACCAAACCCACAACCCCCCCCACGUCCACAGACAAAUCCACAACAUCACCACAACCCCAACCCCAACCCCAACCCCCCAAAUUCAUCUCCCGCCGCGAAGCCGAAGCCGCCCGCCGCCAAGCCUACCUCGCCGAGCAAGCAGCCCUCGAGACCGAGCGCGCCGCCAAAGCCGCCGCCAAGCGCAAGCGCGAAGAAGACGCCGCCCACGAGGCACGCAUCCGCGAAGAAAAACGCCGUCGCUUAGCCGAAGAGUCACGCGCACGGCGCGAGGCAAAAGAGGCGGAAGAGGAACGGGCGCGGAGGAAGAGGUUGGGUUUGCCGGAGUUGGUGAAAGGAGGGGAGGGUGGAGAUGGGGGGGUGGAUGGGAAGGAGGGAGAGGAGGAGGAUGAGGAGGAUUUGGAUGGGGAUGAUGGGGAAGGGGUGAAGGAUAUUGGGGAAGUUGAGUUGUUGGGGAAGUUGAGAGGGUUAGGCGAGCCGGCGGUGUUGUUUGGUGAGAGUCACAACGCACGACUUCGACGGUACCGGAAAGCCAGCAAGGCGGGCGGAGCAGCAGCAGCGCUCGCGGCGUCGUCGGGACCGAUCGCGACCACGUUGCCACCCGUGGAAGAGAAGGAUAUGAGGGUCCCCAACAAAGUCCCGCCGGCGACUGACAAGAAAGCGCGCCGACUGCUCUUCCGCCAGCUGGCGUCUUACUUCAACAUGAUCCUGCGCGAAUGGGAGAUUGCUCUCGCGCGCGAAGACAACGCCGAUACAUUUGCGGGACAGGCCGCGCGCAACGCUAUGGUCUCUACCAAGGAGACGAUGCGGCCGCUCUUUCGCAAGUUUGAGCAGGGCGACCUGGACGAGAGUAUUCUGGAGCCUGUCAUCGAGAUUGUCAACGCUGCGCAGGAGCGGCGGUAUGUCGACGCCAAUGACGGGUAUCUGCGUCUCAGUAUCGGCAAGGCGGCCUGGCCGAUUGGUGUCACCAUGGUGGGUAUCCACGAGCGUAGUGCUCGUGAAAAGCUGCAUGGUGGAGAGCGGGGUCAUAUUAUGGGCAGUGAGGUCACACGCAAGUAUCUGCAGAGUAUCAAGAGGUGCUUGACAUUUGCCCAGGUCCGCUGGCCACCAGAGGAUGUCCGGCAGCUGAUGGGUUAG